AUGGAAUCUACGUCUCAACAUCCUCCGCGACGACCGGUGCCGGCGCCGUCGAAUAACGUCAUCGUCGAAUCGCAAAAGCAAUGGUACUUCACCGAUGAAGAGCUUACCAGAACACCGUCACUGCUCGACGGUAUGAGUCUAGAGAUGGAGCACAUGCAGCGCAGCAAGGGCGUCAACUUCAUCGUCCAAGUGGGGAUUAUGCUGAAGCUUCCACAGCUCACACUGACAACGGCCGCUGUUUUCCUACAUCGAUUCUUCGUGCGACACAGUAUGGUUGAUAUUCCCCGAAGACCUGGUCUACAUCCAUAUUCUGUCGCGGCGGGGKGUCUAUUUCUAGCCAGCAAGGUGGAUGAGAAUUGUCGCAAGAUAAAGGAAUUGGUGAUCGCCUGCUGUCGCGUCGCGCAAAAGAACAACAACCUCGAAAUCGACGAACAGAACAAGGAAUUCUGGAGAUGGAAGGAUACGUUACUUGCAUACGAGGAUAUGUGUCUGGAAGCGCUAUGUUUCGACUUGCAGUUGGAACAACCGCACAAAAUCUGCUAUGAAUUUCUGUGCUAUUUCGGCAAAAAUGACCACAAAGGUUUGCGCAAUGCGGCUUGGGCGUUUCUCAAUGACUCGAACUAUACUGUUCUCUGUCUGCAAUUCUAUCCGCGAACGAUCGCUGCAGCUGCCCUCUGGGCUGGCGCCAGAUUAUGUGAUGUCGCAUUCGAAGAUGACGAAGAAGGCCGUCCGUGGUGGGUACAGAUCGAUGUCAACCUCUCCGAAGUCCGACGCGCCGUUAGUCGCAUGGUUCAGCUCUAUGAACGGAACAUAACUGUUCACCGACAGGCUCAUGAGUACCCAACUAUGCCGACGGAUGGUGAUAAUGGUCAGGAGAUGACGCGCAUCGUCAACCCCAAUCCUCACAACGUGACGGAGUCAUUAUCGGCAGGAGAAUCGAAUGGCCGCAAACGAUCGAGAGAACCUGAAGAGGGAGGCCGCCCGUCUCCAGCGAGAAAUCUGUACCCCACUGAAAGCAAUAACCAUACUCAAGAGCCAUCGCCGAAACGCCAACGCUUAACUCCUGAUCCGACUAGGACGUCGAUCAAGUCAGAGAGCCCGCGCAGCCUUGCGAAUGGACAUCAUCAGUCAUCUCGAGCUUCUUCGCGCAUUCCUUCUGCAGCCAUGGACGAUACACAUCGACGGCAUCCUCUUCCCCCGCCACCUCCGCCACCGGAUGAUGCGGUCCAACAACGGAUAGACGAGAUUGUGCAGCAGGGAAUGUCACGGGGUGAUAAGGGUGGGCCUAGUGCAGGUCGCAAUGAUACUUAUUAUGGUCGCCAUCGCGAGUGGGAUAGAGAUCGUGAAAGAGAUAGAGAUAGAGAUAGGGACAGAGACCGAGAUAGAUACAGAGACCUCGACAGAUACAUGGACCGCGACCGAGAUCGAGACCGUGAGCGAAGCCGUGAUCGCGACCGCGACUGGCGCAGAUCAAACAGUUACGAAGCAGACUACAGAGAGCGCAACAGCCGAAGCAGAGACUACCGCGACGAAAGAAACCGAAACCCCAACAACAAAGACAGACUACCACAACGCGAAAGAAGACGCUCAUCAACGACCAAUGAAUCUUUACCACAGCGUCCACCACCCCCGGCAUCAACAACAUCAUCACAACGACCAUCAGAGGAAAGGAGGAGAGGCGAACCGAACGAGGAAGGCGAGAUAUCGGAGGAAGGUGAGCUCGUUACAAACAAUCACAACCAUGCUCACAACGAGCGAAGUCACAAACCCGACGAGAACAUGGGCAACGGCGAUGACGAUGGCGGUGGUGGCAGCGAGGAGGGGGAGCUCUGA